CGCAUAUUCAUUGCAGUAAUGCAAUGGAAGACGGUGGUGUGGUCUCCAUAGAUGUGAAGGCCCUCCUUAUUGCGAGCACUGCUGCCGCUCUGGGGUUUUUUGCUGGUUUUCAGAUAGCCUGGGUGCGCCUGUCUCCGCGGGUAAGACGGCGACUUCAUCGAGAAAAGCAUCAGGCUAAUGGCAAAGGAAGUGGUGAAACAUCCAGGAGUGUGGGCAUAAUUUGCGAGUGUGGCGCCAUCAUUCAAGGAAAGUGUACACCCGAGGAGAUUGAACGGCAUCGAGCUUCCAAUCGCCAUCAUCGCAACAUGCUGCGUCAUAGUGGCAAGGAGGUGGUUGCUUGUGAGGAGGUUUCGGAGUACCGGGAUGCGGUUUUGGCUUUGGUUAAAUCGGACGAUGUGGUACUCGAGGUUGGAUCUCAUGUUGGUGGCACGACGAAGGUGAUAGCAGGUGUGGCUGGUCGCGUGGUUGGGGUGGAUCAGCAGCCUGAGCUUGUGGCGCAGGCCCGCGAGAACUACCCAUCUAUCCAAUUUGAGAACUUUGAUGCGUUCGACUCCACAAAGCUGGUGGCCUUGACAAAGUCACUGGAACCUGCUAGAUUUACGAAGGUUUUCAUCGACAUCAGUGGAAGCCGAGAUUUGGCAACUGUCGGCUGUCAGUGCUUGCUAUUGAAAUCUAUUGAAAGGUUACCAAAGAAGUGCUUCAUUCGUUUGCCUUGCUUCGAACACGAAGUGGCCUCAGGUCUUUCGAAUGAUGGACUUGAUUGACAAGAUCAUCCGCCCCGAUGCAAUGGUCGUAAAGUCACAGGCCUUGAAGAAGAUGAUGCUCAGAACCCGUCUUUGGAUAGAGCACCCGCUGAAUCAGAAAGUGCUUUGAGAUACUUUGAGAUGCUUUGAGUAGAUGAUUAGAUUCUAUCUGCCUCUCAUCGACUCUCGUAGACGCUCGUAGGCUUGGAGAUGAAAUCCUGAAAGGAAACUUCCAACAAGUUCUUUGCUUGGCAAAAUGCCAUGAACGCCACCAUGUCAACGAAUUUAUGGCUCACAUGCACUUGCUUGUGUGCUUGAAGCUUCAAUGAAAAAG